UCGGCUGAGAACGAGCACGCCUCAGUAAUAAAAAAGAAUAAAACUGAAGGUGUGUGGUAAUUGGAACAAACAGAAGAGUAAAUUAAUCAAUUUCAACAUAUUGGCCGGAAAAUAAGGGCACGGAACCCACAAUCCAGUACAAAAUGGUCGCCAUUCAGCUUUUCAACGAGAUCGGCAGCAUCUUUCGCAAUACUCCUACCUAUGCCCUUGUUCUGGAGACCCUGUUGCUCAUAGCCGUGAUUUGGUUGCUGCUGCACAGGCGUGGCGCUGGCAACAGUCGCCGUCGUCGGCUGACCAAGGAGGAGGAGGACCAAAUAAUCGCCGACUACACACCAGAGCCCCUGGUGGCGGACACCGAUCCCAAUCAUCCGCUGCUCCGCACCCGCAUCGUUCAGUCCAAGGUGGGCAAGCGUAUCACGGUUGAUGGAAACGACUGCUUGAACCUGGGCUCCCACAACUAUCUGGGCUUCCUCGAGGACCAGGACAUUCUGGAGGAGUCCUGCAAGACGCUGCGCAAGUAUGGCGUGGGCUCGUGCGGACCACGGGGCUUCUACGGCACCAUGGACGUCCACCUGGACCUGGAGGACCGCAUAGCCAAGUUCAUGGGCCUGGAGGAGGCUAUUGUGUACUCCUAUGGCUUCUCGACGGUGGCCAGCGCCAUUCCCGCCUACGCCAAGCGUGGCGACAUUGUCUUUGUAGAUGAGGCUGUGAAUUUUGCCAUCCAAAAGGGUCUGGAUGCCUCACGCAGCACCAUCGCCUUCUUCAAGCACAAUGAUGUCGAGGAUCUGGAGCGCCUGCUGAUUGAGCAGGAGAAGCGAGACCAGAAGAAUCCCAAGAAGGCGCUAAAGACCCGGCGUUUCCUCGUCGCCGAGGGCAUCUACAUGAACACUGGCGAAAUUUGCCCACUCCCCGAGCUGGUUUCCCUGCGCCAGAAGUACAAGCUGCGAUUGUUCAUCGACGAGAGCAUCUCCUUCGGGACUUUGGGCAAGGGCGGUCGCGGAGUUACGGAGCACUUUAAUGUGGAUCGCGAUGAAAUCGAUCUGAUCUCGGCCGGAAUGGAGGGUUCGAUGGCCACAAUUGGUGGCUUCUGCGUGGGCUCUCAUUUCAUAGCCGAACACCAGCGUCUCUCCGGUCUGGGUUACAUAUUUUCGGCCUCGUUGCCGCCCAUGCUGACCCAAGCGGCCAUCUCGGCACUGGAUCGUUUCGAGCAAGAGCCGCAGAUAUUCCAACAGUUGCAGGACAAGGCCAAGACGCUGCACCAGAAGUUUUCGCGGUUCAGCAAGCUUACCAUUCGCGGCAACGAGUUAUCCCCGGUAAAGCAUCUUUACUUGGCUACGCCAGCUGAAAACUACGACAAGGAGCUGCAGUUGCUGACCGAGUUGGCCGAUAAGUGCAUAGCUCAAGGCGUGGCCGUUGUGCAGGCUGCCUAUUUGAAGGAUAGGGAGCAUCAGCCAGUGCGUCCCAGUAUUCGCAUCGCAGUCAACCGCCUGCUGGAGCAGACGGAUAUCAAUGCUGCCUUCGACACCAUUGAGAGUGUUUCCAGCGCUCUGCUUUAAAUCCGCUAAAUAUAUAGGCAUAAAUAUGGGAGUAAAAAGGCCUACCGACAAGGGCCUUCUUGCAAGGUUCGCGGACUUUUUCCUUUUGAAAAUAUAUUUUUUCACGUCCAGUUCAGUAUAAAAUAUUUGAGCACAACUUCUACUAGCCUUGCACCUGCUAUCUUGUUUGGCAUUUUAAUAAGCACUAGAGUUCUAAGAAAUAAUUGCAAAGGUUCCAAGGUUCAGCAAGGGGCUGGCCAAAUAAAACUAAUAGGGUUAUUUGUAA